GAACUUUCUCAUCCAACUCUAACUCAUUCUCAUUCUCAACACAACUUAUCAUCACCUUCUGUUACGCAACAUACGAAACCUUUCCUACCUCAAACGAGAUGACUUCAAAGAUUCUUCAAAGAGGCUCCUCACAAAUCGAUCAAAUCGAAAAUAGUAUGAGUAGCAUCCGACUUGAUGAUAAGACCUCAAAAGCCAAGAAACCAACUCAUUCCAGUAAUUCUAACGUCAAGCCGAUGAGCUCUUCACAAAGCACUUCCGGCAACUCUCGGUCGGCUCUCAACAAGAUUGGCACGAAUCACUCUUCUGCGUCCUUAGCCAAAGCCCAAGCGAGCAUUGGUAUUCAAUCAAGUAUAUUGGACAAGAACCGCCCUGAAGUCGAUCCUACUUCUUCCUUCUAUCUACCGGGUUCAUCUCAAUCGAAGACCAAGAAUCAGAAGCCAUACACUCUCGGAGCCCCACCUUCUCAUCCUCCUCCUUCGAUGUGCAAUCAGCCUGAAGCUGUCUCUGGUAUGGAGAUUGGUGAAUACGAUGGUGGUAUCGAUAAGGAUGACGAAACUGGCCGCGGAAAUUGGGAGCUUGGUCAGAAGCCCAACCAAGAUCUACUCGAUGUUGACUCAGCUUCACCUCUACACAAACGACCAACGCCUCAAUGGAGUAUGAAUUCAUUUGAGAUUGGUCGCGCUUUAGGCAAAGGCAAAUUUGGGAGAGUUUACAUGGUUCGAACCAAAUCCCCUCCUCACUUCAUAUUGGCACUCAAAUGUCUUUACAAGAAAGAGUUGGUCGAAUGCAAAGUUGAAAAACAACUGCGUCGAGAAAUUGAAAUUCAAAGCAAUCUUCGUCAUCCGAAUGUCUUGAGAUUAUAUGGUUAUUUUCAUGACGAAAAGCGUAUCUUUCUCAUGCUUGAGUUUGCAGGCAAAGGAGAACUUUACAAACAACUUCAUCGUCAUGGAAGAUUUAGUGAAAAGCGUUCAGCACGUUACAUUGCCCAAAUGGCCGAUGCUCUACAUUAUUUGCACGGGAAGCACGUGAUUCACAGGGAUAUUAAGCCUGAGAAUCUUUUGUUGGGUGUUGAAGGUGAACUGAAGAUAGCUGAUUUUGGUUGGAGUGUUCAUGCGCCUGGGAAUCGUCGCAAAACUUUAUGCGGGACAUUGGACUAUCUGCCACCAGAGAUGGUUGAAGGCAAAGACCACAAUGAGAAGGUCGACCUUUGGGCCCUCGGAGUUUUGACAUACGAAUUCAUCGUAGGUAAUCCGCCAUUUGAAGAUCUUAGUGGACACAAUGCUACGUACAAAAAGAUUUCACAAGUACAAUUCAAGGUGCCGAGUUUCGUUUCGGCAGAAGCAGGCGAUUUGAUUCGUAAGCUCUUACAACAUGAACCUCAAGAUCGGUUACCCUUACCACAGGUAGCUAAUCACCCCUGGAUCUUGAAGUAUCAAAAGGCAGAACGAGGUUCACGUGAGCCUUGAAUGACAUCAACACCGUGUUGACUGAAGAAUACCGUUUAGUGGAUUUUUAUUUGGCCUUGACUUGUAGAGCCUCUGUCUUUUGUAUAGUUCUAGAUAAUGCCUUUUAUGUACAAUAUGACACUUGAACGACGUCUCUUAUGUCUUACCACUUUUCCCACUUUACACUGUGGAAGCGUACUAGCCGAUGUCAAGAUGGUUCCUGAUAUAUUUUGCGUGCGCGUCUUUCUGUACGCAACGAUUGCUUUGAUGAGCCCUUUUUGGCUUUGGCCCUUAAGUAUCAAUUCAACUAUGCUUUGGAAUUCAUCCGUUGGUGUAGAGG